AUGAAAUGGGAUGUGGAUAAAGAGGAUGAUGUUAAUGAGCCUCGAGAGGAAGUGAAAAGGGUCAAGAAGGCUAUUGAGGGUAUGGAUGUCAAGGCUGUGAGGCCUGGAAAAGUUUCAUUGAAUGCAGAGGAAAACGGGGUCAGGGGCCAAGAUCUAAACUUCAGGAGGCAAGUGAAAAGGAGGGUCAAUGACUACAAGUACAAAGCCUUUUACAACAUUGGGAAAACAAAGCGACCAUAUGUAUUCACACGUAACAGUGUGGUGAUGAUGAUAGAAGAAGAACUAGGGGUAGAGAUUCUUGUCAAGGGAAGCUAUAAGCCGGAGGAAUUGAAUGGAGACACGGACGAUGAGGAUGCACUGGUAUAUGAGAUUUCUGCAGAAACACCUGAAAUUCUUCAAGAAGCUAUGGCUGGACUUCCAUCGGCAAUCAAUGCAAUACCUCCAUUUCCAUGGAACUCAUCUAGUAUCAUUGGAAGAUACAUCUACAGAAAUGGUGCCAGGCAUCGUUUGCACAGGGUCAUCAUAGACAACGAAUUAGCUGAGAAGAAAAUAAAUGAGAUCCGUAAAGAUAUAGAGACCACUAGUGUUGAUAAGUCUGUAGAGAUUAGUAUUCGAGGAAGAUUUUCUGGUUAUAUAGAGCCGUGCUUUGGGGAAGAGUCAAAUGGGCCCACAUAUAUCCAAAUAGUAGCAAAGACUAAGAGGGAAAUAAAAGAAGCAAAGAAUAUGUGUGUUAAGAUUAUCGACAAGCACAGAGAAGAUUUCAGAAAUGACUGCUCAACCUCUUUACAGACCGACGAGUCCAGGAAAAUGAUUUGA